CAGACUGUGGAACCUGUUAUACACACACACACAACAAUCGCAAUGUCUUCAACUUGGGAGUGGUGAAACGACAAAUGUGCGAUUCCUCUGUUAUGCAAGCCGUUACCUGGGAGUUGACACACACCGGACUGGUGUGGAUGAGACACACGCUUAUGUACCUGCAGGUUCGAACCACAAGACGAUAGCGCCGAAAGCUGACUUUACAAUCUCGCAUUUGAGUGAGCCAUGAGCAGCCAAGCGCAGCACUACGGCUCGACGCAACCGGAGCUGAGGUUGGUGCUGCUGGGCAACAUCGGAUGCGGCAAGACGUCGUCGGCCGACACCAUCCUGAGCCAGCUGACGGAUUUCUCCGCGGCGAGUCCCCGCAGCAUCCAGCUGCGCAAGGACUUUGCCGAGGGCAGGAUGGUGACCCUGGUCGAGGCCCCCAGGUGGUACUGGAACGGCCUGGAAAUGGACGAGGGCGUCAAGAAGGAGACGGUGCGAGCCGUGGCCCUUCUGGAGCCCGGUCCUCAUGCCGUUCUAUUGCUGGUGCCUAUCAGCCAGUUCACUGAGAUGGACGCCCAAGUGCCUACACAGUUGCAGCAAGUGUUUGGAAAAGAAGUUCUGGAGCACACCAUGGUGCUACUGACCUGCGGCGAUUAUCUCAUAGGAAGAACCGUGGAAGAAUACCUUCUCAAGGAGAAUCCUGGUCUGAGGCAAAUGAUCGGGCUAUGCGGGGGGCGCUACCAUGUCAUCAAUAACCGUCAGCGGCAGGACCGGACCCAAGUUCGGGAGCUUCUGAACAAGGUGGAGGACAUGGUGAGCAAAAGCGGGGUGUUCUCCCUCAAAACAAAAGAGGAGAGGGAAAUGGAGGAGCGCGUGCAGCAGAGGAAGAGAGAGCUGAUGGAAAAAUUCCGGAUGCAAAAGGAAGAGAAAAGGGAAGCCUUCGCGUCCAGCUACACACCAAACGUUGACACGGCGAGGAGUGUCGAGAGAGUCGAGUCAUACAGAGAUGCUUGGGAGAGGAGGAGAGAAGACGAGAUGGACAACGUCAAUGGAGGAGUGUCUGAGGUGAUUCAGUCUCGUCCGGCACCAGGAGGCUGGCACUCGGGCCGAAUUGAUGAUCAGGAGGAGAGACUUUCAUCCAGACUCAAUGCAGAUGGAGCUAGACUCUCACAAAUGAUGAAUGAACAAACCGGACCAAAAGUCGUUUCCACUCUCCAUCACAGAAUCAACAGCUUUGAGGAGACUUCCCCUGAGGCCUAUCCCACCUCCUUCUCUGAUACCCCGGCCUCCGUCUAUGACCCCGUCCUUGCCACAACCCGCGUGUCCUCGCCAUCCUCUCCGGAGCUGCGUUUAGUAUUGAUCGGACGAUCCGGAGCGGGGAAAAGUGCGGCUGGCAACGCUAUCCUGGGCCACGAUGUGUUUGAGUCCAGGCCUGACAGUCUGAUCGCCAUCACUCAGGAGUGCGUCAAGAAGAAAGCAGUCGUUGCUGGAAGAAGGGUGGCAGUAGUGGACACCCCAGACUGGUUCCACUCGGAACGUACCCCCGAUGAGGUGCGAUCUCAGAUCUCCUCUUGCGUGGCCCUGUCCAGUCCGGGUCCCCACGCCUUCCUCCUGUGCGUCCCAACGGACCAGCCGGCCAAGAUGGAGCUGCAGGCCCUCUGCGCCCUGGAGACCGUCUUUGGGCCGGAUGUCGUCGGGAAACACACGCUGGUCCUCUUCACGCACGCCGAUCUUCUGAGGAAGAGCGGGAAGGCCGGCAGAGACGACAUCGAGACGUAUAUCGCGACUCGACGUGAUGAUUUAUUAAAAUUGGUGGAGAAAUGCGGGGACAGGUUCCAUGUGCUGGAUAGAGGCGGUCACGGGGGAAAUGUGGAGGAGCUCCUGGAGAAGGUGGAGCAGAUAGUGACCGAGGCCGGGGGGGAGUGUUACUCCAGCCCCGCUUUCCAAGAGGCCGAGAGCCGAGUGAGGGAGAUGCAGGCCGAGAUCGCGAGGGAAAGGAGACGGCAGAAGCAAGAGGAAGAAUGCCUCGGCGAGCAGUUUCGGGGGGAGAGGCGCUCCCUCUAUCCUUACAUGCAGACCGUGGCCGAGGCCGAAGAGGAAGUGAGAGAGGAAGAGGUUGAGAAAACACGAGCCGAGGCCGAGAGGAGUGUUAGCACCAUGAAUAUUGAGAGCCUUCCGCCGAUUACCAUGGCAUACUUGUCCCCUUCAAUGUUCCAGUCCAUGAGGGAAAGAGUGCAGUCGAACGCAAAGAUGUUGCCCAAGCUGUUUUCUGUCAGCUCGGUGUGGGUCAACGAUGGUGCCAAGAAGGUGAUGGGCAGUUCGGUGUGGGGCUCGGUGGGCAGCGGCGCACAGAACGUACAGAAGACGGUGGCCCAAAGUCCCGUGUGGGGGAAGGUGGGCGCUCAAGCCGGGCAUGUCUCCAAGCUAGUGGGAGACAGACUCCCCAAGGUGGUGGUAGAUGGCUCCAGCUGGGUCGGCUCCGGAGCCAAAGUCGUGGCGGACGGCUCCAUGCGUGUCGGAUCCGGGAUUGGAAGCAGAGCGAAGGUUGUGGCCCAGAGUCCCGUGUGGGGAAAGGUUGGCUCCGGCGCCAAACUGGUGGCUGACGGUUCAGUGCGACUCGGAACCGGACUAGGUGCCGGAGCAAAGAAGGUGGCCCAGAGUCCAGUGUGGGGCAAGAUGGGCUCUGGGGCCAAAGCGGGUGCCAAAAUAGUCAGCGAGAGCUCAUUGUGGCAGAAAACGGUGGCCAACGCCAAAAAGGUGCCGAAGCUCGUCAUCGUGGGCGCAUUGCUGGGGCUGGCGCUGGGAGUGUUUUUGGCGGGGGCCAUCGGCGGAGCUGUGGGGGCCGUCGGCGGUUCUGCGGCCACUGAGUUGGGCAGGCGAAGGUUUGCCAAGAAAAGCACGCCGGAAAAGGCCGUGAGUAACAUUGAUAGGCGAGUGAACGACACGGUCGAGUCACUGGUCAGACAAGGAGACAAAGUCAUGAAAACGGAAUGAAACAAAUUGACCAAAGCAUAUUAUGACUGUACAUAUUGCGAAAAAAUGUCAAA